ACAUCACUAACCCAUUCGAAUUGUUUGUAUUUCCAUGUUUGAUAAGAAAACACUCUCUAGUAUUAUAUGAAAAAUGACGGAAUACUACUGUAUGCAAUAUAUAAUUACUAAUUUAUUGUUGUCAAACAGAUAGUUUAUAAGAAAAAAUCAAUUUAAGUCUUUGAAAACCUAUGAUUACCAUAAAAUGAAAUGGUAUUAGGCAUAGGCGCUUACAUCGAAUAUGUAACAGUAAAACAAAAGUUAACAUAAAUUUUUAAUAUUAAAAAUGUAUGACAUUUAUAGGUAUACAUGCCAGUAAUAAACAUGGACAAAAUCAGUGUAUUGAAAUAUCUGUUAUUUUAUAAAUAAUAUAUCAUUGAUUGAAUGCAUUAUUACUAGCUUUGUUAUUUCUUCAUUGCAUUUAUCUCAAAAUGGAAGAAUACAAUUGUGUUUUUCCCAAAAAUGUGAUUUCAGAGGUGCCCAAGUUGGCCAUGUAUAUACCAAAUUUUGUUACAUCAGAGGAAGAAGAAGAAAUAAUCAAAUAUGUCAAUAAUGCUCCUUUGCCAAAGUGGACACAAUUAAGUCAUAGAAGGUUACAAAAUUGGGGUGGUAUUCCACACCCUAAAGGUAUGAUAGCAGAAGAAAUACCAAGUUGGUUAACAAAAUAUGUUGACAAAGUUUCAUCCUGUAAUGUGUUUGAGAAGGGAAAGUUACCUAAUCAUGUCUUGAUUAAUGAAUAUUUACCAGGCCAGGGAAUAAUGGCACAUUCAGAUGGUCCACUUUUCCAUCCUAUUGUAACAACCAUUAGUUGUGGAUCUCAUACGCUUCUUGAGUUUUAUAAACGACUUGACAGUACACAGCAACAUGAACAAAAUCUAGAAUUUAGUUUUCUAUUGGAACCUAGAAGUUUGCUUAUUCUGCAAGGAGAUCUAUAUCAUAAUUAUUUACAUUCAAUUGCAGAGAAAGAUACUGAUGUUGUUUCAAAAUUAACUAUGAAAAAUUUGAGCAUAUGCGGAGAAGAAUUUUCGGAAGGGCAGAUAUUAAAAAGAGGUGUUAGGUUGUCUUUGACAAUCAGACAUGUUCCUAAGACUAGUAAAUUAAAAUUAAAAUUUGGAUAAUAUACUUUUAUAAAAAAAACUUAAGAAUUACGAAGUGCAUUUAUAAAAUUU